UCAAGGGGCUGCGAGGAGAUCGUGUGUUAUGGGAUUUACACGAAAGCAGAGAUGUCUUCAGAUCCAUGUGGCACAUCCCUGCGCUGAUAUGGGAAUCAACAAAGAAGGAGUUGGGAGCAGUAAAGGCAGGAUCUGGAGUCCAGGGGGAGUGCAAUGCAGUUAGUGCUGCAGGAGUGGCGGUUUCUGCAAGGUCGGGGGAGACUGAUUGGGAAACCGCACACAAGCGUCUAGGGCAUGUGGCUAUGCCAUUGCUGCAGCAACUGCAUAAGGAAGAAGCAGUAAAGGGGCUGAAGCUUUCUGGGCAACCGAAUGAUACCAAGUGCGAGACGUGUCUGCUGAGCAAGUUCACACGGUUCCCCUUUCACGGCGUAGCUGGGAAAAGCAAGGCAGCACUGGAACUGGUGCACAUGGACCUGGUAGGACCUUUUCCAGUUCAAGGAAGAAAGGGGGAAAGAUACUUCCUAACAAUAGGACAGUACAUCCACACCUUGGCUGAGAAGUACUCUCUGCAGGAAGAACAGACAGUGGUCACACCUUUGCCUUCCGAGUUCAAACUCAUAAAGGCAGCUGAAGGAGAAGGAGUUGAGUGUGAAGACCAGAGGCAAUUCCAAUCCAUGGAGGCUCUUGAAGGAGAUCGGCCAUGAACAGACUUGUGCGACACCUCUGUUCAGUGAUAGCAAGAGAGCCAUUGCCAUGGCACGCAAUGUAGUUCUUCAUGGGCUGAACAAGCACAUGAGGAUUAAGUG